GAUAUCGAAACACUUCCUGUAAAGCUUCACAGCAGAGAAGGUUGUAAGGAAUCGAUAACUACGCUGUCCAGUUAUAAAGUCUUCUGUUAUAGUAGCAGAUGUGGUGCAGAAUAUUGAGUCCUCGGAUUGUUGGUAGAACAGGUUUCUGUUGGAGGAGUCUCUUCACUAUGCAGCUGAAAACCAGUGAGUUCCAGUCUCUGUUCACUGAAGGACUGAAUGGACUAGCAGUGGUGUUUGAGAAGCACCAGCAUGAGCUGAGGAUAGCUGGAGGCGCUGUGCGAGACCUGCUGUCAGGGAAGCGGCCUGAAGAUGUGGACUUUGCCACUACAGCCACUCCAGAGGAGAUGAAACAAAUGUUCCAAAAAGCUGGCAUCAGGAUGAUCAACAAUAAAGGAGAGAAGCAUGGGACCAUUACAGCAAGACUAAACAAUGAGAACUUUGAGGUGACCACGUUGCGAGUGGAUGUUCAGACAGACGGACGCCAUGCAGAGGUGGAAUUCACCACUGACUGGCAGAAAGACGCUGAGCGGAGAGACCUCACCAUCAAUUCCAUGUUUUUAGGGCUUGAUGGCACAUUGUAUGACUAUUUCAAAGGAUAUGAAGACCUGCAGAACCGUAAAGUUCGGUUUGUUGGCAGUGCUGAUCAAAGAAUCAAAGAGGACUACUUAAGAAUACUGCGGUAUUUUAGGUUCUACGGCAGGGUGGCCUCGGAGCCUGAUAAUCACGAGCCUGAGACGCUGGCUUCUAUUCGGGAAAACAGUCGUGGACUUGCAGCGAUAUCAGGAGAACGGAUUUGGCAGGAACUAAAGAAGAUGGUUGUUGGUAACCAUGCUGCUCAUCUGCUGGAGCUGAUGUACAGUCUGGAACUGGCCCAGUAUAUAGGUUUACCUCCAGAUGGCAAUGUUGAGGAGAUGAAGCGAGUGUGUCAGAACGCCGAAGAUCAUUCUCCCAAACCCAUGACCAUCCUGGCUGCUCUCUUUAGCCGCCCAGAGGAGGUGGAAAAGAUGGACGUGCGGCUGAAGGUGUCCAAGGAGGAGAGGACUCUUGCUCUGUUCCUGAUCAAACACAGACGGGAGCUUCGCAAGAGCGAAGACGAGCCAGACAGCCUCAAACCCUUCACUGACUUUAUCAUUGACAGUCGGGAGCUGGACACUCAGAGUAAAGUCUGUGAGCUACUGAAGUAUCAAGGUGAGGAGAAGCUGCUGGCAGAGCUCAGCAGGUGGACAAUCCCUCGCUUCCCUGUCAGCGGUCACGAUCUGAGGAAGAUGGGCAUCACGACAGGCAAGGAGAUAGGCGCCACCUUACAGAAGCUCCGCGACAUCUGGAAGAGAAGUGGUUAUCAGAUGGACAAAGAUGAACUCCUCAGUUACGUCAAGUCUUAGAUGAGAACAACACAACACAAAGGACAGUAACAGUCUGAACACUUGGCACUGUGAUUGUUCUUCUCAUUCAUAUUGAUUGAGCAGACAAGGACAAGAACUGAGACAUGCAUUGAUGAAUGAUAUGUAAAGUAUCUGGAUAAAGAGCUGUUGUACUGAUGAGCAGUUACUAUAGAAAAAUGUUAUUUUCACUGUUAUACCUAUAUGUGGAAGCAGACAUUUGGUCUUGAUUGCAUUUGGUUUUCUCCUCAGUUUAACUGCAGUUGUGGAUAAUUUCUGUGGAACAAUGUUCUAUAAAAAGGUUCUACUUUUUAUUAAAUACUGGCAUUGGGA